CUUCACACCUUUCCAAUUUCACUUCCCGAGUAACUGCAAGCAGUACCAGAACUCCUAUUUAAACCUGACUGUUAGCAGGAGUUUCCAAAUUUUCAUCAGCACACUCACAAACCACUCCCUUCGUCUUGCCACACCACCCACCACUACAAAAUCAGAUCAUUUCCACCAAGCCACCAGAUCAUCCAAGCUCACAAUAUCUCUUGCAUUCUAAAUCACUCUCCCAACAUGACUACCACCUCUAUCAAUUCGGUCCGCCCCAUCAACACCACGAACCACGUCGAUGGCAACAGCAACACCGUCGGCAAUAUCACCGUUGGCGAUGUUACGGGCGCUAAUGUCACAUUCCACAUUACCAUAAAUCGAAGCAACAUCGAGGAUCAACCUCCCCCGGGAACGGAGGCCGUAGUUCGGCUCCAGAACGAGUUGAAAAAGUUGCACUCUUUGCACAUGAUGCAACAUGCUCUCGGCUCCCCAAUCGAGAAUGCCCCUGGCGAGUUCCAAGACUAUGUCAUUAAUUCUAUUGACUGCGAAGAGUUCGAGUAUAACCCGCAUCGCAUGACAGAGGUCGGGGUUGCUGUUCUCGAUACUCGAGAUAUUCGAGGGAAGGCCCCCGGCGAGCAGUGCAAGAAUUGGCUUGAACAUGUUUGGUUCUACCACUUCCGUAUCUGCGAGACGGGCCAUCUAGUGAACAAAAACCACUGCAAGGGGAAUCCCAAUGGAUUCGACUUUGGCAAGUCUUUGUGGGUGAAGAUGGAGCAUGUCAAGGACAUUUUGGUGGAACUAUUCUCUGUCCCGGUAGCUGGCGUCGAGCACGAGCGGGUCCCGGGCGAGCCGUUGCGUCCAGUGAUUCUUCUAGGACACGCUCUCCAGAAUGAUCUGAAGAUCUUGAAGAAGAAUGUCGGGUUUGAUCCCACAGAAUUGGGUACCAUGGCGGCGACUAUCGAUACUCAGCAUAUCGUGCGUGAACAUGGAAUUCGGAACUCCAAAACCGGGAGCCUUCGUGAUUGGAUCAAUCUAGGAGACCUGAUCAACCAGCUCGGCGGUUCUGGCCGCGAUCUUCAUAAUGCAGGCAACGACGCUGCGUAUACUAUGAUUGCAGGGAUACUGAUGGGAGUAGUUCCUUUCCCAGCACUACCGGCAACACUUCCUGAGAAGGAGGCGAGCGCAUACUGCGUAGAGGUUCAGAAUACUUUCCAGCACACCAAGAACGUCGCAGCUACUCAACAUUCGCCACCUUGGGGACUUCGCGUCUUCUGCACUCGUUGCGAGAGCACCACUCACCUUGCGGAGGAUUGUCGAGCCCAUGUGGCCUGCAGCAAGUGCAAACAUGCCGGCAAGAAGUUCUGGCGGUCUCAUUCGACUUCACGCUGCGCCCGCAACGACAUCUAG